AUGGCCAAGCAAUUAGAGAAAAAAGAUUCCAAUUUAAAUACUCUUAGAGACAACGUAAAUCAGCUUGAAACUCAGUUUGAGAAAUUACGUGAAGACGUUAUUUCAAAAUUAAAGGAAUGCAGUGAUUGUAUUAAAUCAGCUAAACAAUUAUGCCACGAAGCAACAGAAACAACAAAAAUCUUAGAAAGCAAAUUAGUUAAUGCAUCAAAUGAAGAAAAAGAAUGGAAAGACAUCAAAAUUAAAUUAGCAACAACAUCAAUUCAAGGUAAAGUCAUUCUUGAUAUCGGAGGUGAGAAAUAUACAACAAGCGUUGAGGUACUAACACGUGAAAAAGACACUUUUUUCACUGCUCUCUUUUCUAAACAAUGGCAACUUGAAAGAGACCCUGAGGAUAAAAGUAUAUUCAUCGAUCGUGAUGGAAAAUUAUUUUAUUAUAUUUUGGCAUAUCUAAGAACAAGUACAGUGCCAAUUAAUGUUAUGAACGAUGAAACACUUCUAACUAGUCUUAUAAUUGAAGCUGAAUAUUUUCGGUUGAAGAGUCUGCUAGAUAUAUUAGGGAAUGCACUUUUCCCAAAUGGAACACUGCUUAAAUUCGAACAUAAAAAGCAAUUGAAUCACUUUUACGGUAAAACUAAUCAACAAUGGGAACUGAUUUAUAAAGCAACGCGUGAUGGAUUUGAUGCAAAUACAUUUCAUGCACGUUGUAAUAAUAAAGGACCCACAAUAACGAUUAUUCAAUCAAAUAACAAUUUUCUUUUUGGAGGUUAUACAGCUAUUCCAUGGACUUCGGAUGGUUCAGAUAAGAAGGACACUACAGCAUUUUUGUUCACUUUGACUAAUCCUCACAAUAUUCCACCGACGAAAUACCUCAUCAGUACUAGUCAAUCAGGAAACGCAGUCGCUCAUAAUGCUAGCGAUCUUGCAAAAUUUGGGGGAGGUCGUGAUCUCAAAUUGGCAAAUGCUAGCAAUGCGAACAAUUCAAGUUACACUAAAUUUCCUAAUACAUACCUCGAUACAACUGGAAAGGGUAAUAAUACAUUCACUGGAGCUACAAAUUUUACCACAUCUGACAUUGAAGUUUUCAAAUUAGAAUAA